AGCAGAGUUGCCCGUCAAAAAGCAGGUUGUUUUGCUCACACGCUGUGCCUGUAUCCACUUAUCCGAUUUCUCCGAUUUCUCAAUUGCAACAGACAUCCACAAAGCCGAUAACAUUACCUCGAUUCCAUACUUGUCGGGCCCAAGUCACCACCACCACCACCAACGAUAGUCCUUCUACCUAUUCCACCACCCACCCACAUAAUCCAAAAUGGUUCAGCUUACCGAGGUCGAAGACGAGCACUUCCAGCAGCCGCAGGUCGGCCCUGAGGAGGAUGACGAGGAUUUCACUGACACUGACUCCGAGAUCUCCGUCGACUCCGACUACGAGUCCCAAGAGACCUUCACCGACCGCCUGUACGCCCUGCGCGACAUGGUCAGCCCCACCACGCGCGGCUGGUUCUACCACAAGUACUCCACUACCACCAACUUUGUCAAGUCGACACUCUCCUUCGCCGGCCGCGCCGCCUGGGCCGUUUCUGUUUCGGGAUUGCUGAUCGGCGUCCCCUUCGCCAUUGCCUUCGCCGAGGACCAGAACUACGCCGCUAUGGAGCAGGAGGCGCGCAUGCGCGAGCUUGGCUCUGAUGUUCUCACUGCUGGUGGUGAGGGACAGGCUGGUACGGCCGAGAAGACCUUGGCUGCUAUCGGUGGCGAGGGGGCUAGGCCUGCGCUCUAAAGAGGGAAGCAGCGAGUCUUAGUGUGGAAAAUGAAAAACGAAGAUGAGCGAGGGACGGAUGGUUGUUGUGAACCGGGAGAUGUGAAGGGGAGAGAGGGAUGGCUGGUCGAAGGGCGGCGGGCUGGAAACUAGCGUUUCCAGGAUGGGGACCGUUUGGGGGGAAAAAAAGAACCCCGAGUUCUCUCCGGCGGGAGCCUUGAACGGAUACUCCUAACCAGCACCCGGCCUCACAACUUGACGCAGUCUGAUCUGACAAGACCGGCCAACGGAACGAUACCUACGGAAUCCCGUUUCUGGGCGAAGAAUAGAAGAAGGCCAGCAUCGUUAACCAGCUUACGAUGAUUAUCUCGCCAUCCCUCACGUUUGGCAUUUCCCAUCUCUCGAAAUUCCACUCACUUCUCCCCGCUCAAACACAUCACCACACAUUGUAUAUUAUCUGUUUGGUCCUUUUGGGUUGUCCGCCACUUUGCAUGGUCGUUGUAAUGGUAUUCUUUUAAAAGCGUACCGCGGGAAUGAAGGGAGCCAAAAAGGAAACGGGGAGAGAGAUAGAGCAUUUAUAAUUUCCCAACGACAUGUUUAUGAUGAACAACACCCAUAUCCACUUAUUGUACAAAAAGUAAAACGAAGAAAAAAUGACC